AUGGUGGACUAUAGCGUGUGGGACCACAUCGAGGUGUCUGACGAUGAGGACGAGAUGCACCCCAAAAUCCACACGGCCAGUCUCCUCUGCUGGCGGCACCAGGCCCGGGUGGAGCGCAUGGAGCAGUUCCAGAAGGAGGAGGAGGAGCUGGAGAGGGGCUGCCGCCAGUGCAGGCGCAAGGUGGCCGAGUGCCAGUGGAGGCUGAAGAAGCUGGAGGCCGCGGAGGGCGAGGGCAGCAAGGCGGAGCUAGAGCGGCUGCAGGCUGAAGCUCAGCAGCUGCGCAAGGAGGAGCGGAGCUGGGAGCAGAAGCUGGAGGAGAUGCGCAAGAAGGAGAAGAGCAUGCCCUGGAACAUGGACACACUCAACAAAGACGGCUUCAGCAAGAGCAUGGUCAAUACCAAGCCAAAGCAGACGGAGGAGUCGUUGGAGGAAGUGAGGGAGCAGAAACACAAAACGUUCGUGGAGAAGUAUGAGAAACAGAUCAAGCACUUUGGCAUGCUCCGUCACUGGGACGACAGCCAGAAGUACCUGUCGGACAAUGUCCAUCUGGUGUGCGAGGAAACCACCAACUACCUUGUCAUCUGGUGCAUUGACCUAGAGGUGGAGGAGAAAUGUGCACUCAUGGAGCAGGUGGCCCACCAGACCAUCGUCAUGCAGUUCAUCCUGGAGCUGGCUAAGAGCCUGAAGGUGGAUCCCUGUGCCUGCUUCCGGCAGUUCUUCACCAAGAUCAAGACAGCCGACCGCCAGUACAUGGAGGGCUUCAACAACGAACUGGAGGCCUUCAAGGAGCGCAUGUGGCGCCGCACCAAGAUGCGCAUGGAGAAGGCCAUGAAGGAAUAGGAGGAGCAGCAGCGCCGGAAGUGGCUCGGCCCGGGCGGUUUGGACCCCGUGGAGGUCUACCAGUCUCUCUCUGAGGAACUACAGAAAUGCUUCGACGUGAAAGAUGUGCAGAUGCUUCAAGACGCCAUCAGCAAGAUGGACCGCACCGAUGCUAAGUACCACAUGCAGCCCUGCAUCGACUCUGGCCUCUGGGUCCCCAACUCCAAGUCCAGCGGGGCCAAGGAAAGGGAGGAGACAGGCCCUGGGGACCCCUUUCUGGAAGCUGGCCCCAAGCCAGGCGACAAGAAGGAUGUCAGUGAGUGACU